AUGAAGGCAGAAGGCGACGCGGGGAACAGCGGCGCAGGCGGUGCAGGCGCGUGCUGCGUGAACCGGCUGCUGCGCGCGGUGGAGAGCGAGCUGCGCGCGGGCCGAGAGAAGGGAGACCCCACGGAGAAGCAGCUGCGCGUGAACCUCGAGGACGCCGAGCUGUGGCGCAAAUUCCGCGAGGUCACCAAUGAGAUGAUCGUCACCAAGAACGGCAGGAGGAUGUUCCCGGUACUGAAAGUGAGUGUGUCUGGUCUGGACCCCAACGCCAUGUACUCCUUCCUCCUGGACUUCAGCCCGGCUGACGGUCACCGCUGGAAGUACGUGAACGGCGAGUGGGUCCCUGCUGGCAAACCGGAGCCCCACAGUCACAGCUGUGUGUACAUCCACCCCGACUCUCCGAACUUUGGUGCCCACUGGAUGAAGGCUCCGGUGUCCUUCAGUAAAGUCAAACUGACCAACAAACUCAAUGGAGGUGGACAGAUCAUGCUGAAUUCUCUCCAUAAGUACAAGCCACAGAUCCACAUUGUCCGUGUGGGAGGAAGCCACAGGAUGGUGACCAACAUCUCCUUCACUGACACCCAGUUCAUUGCUGUAACAGCCUACCAAAAUGAGGAAAUAACUGCCCUGAAGAUAAAAUAUAAUCCCUUCGCCAAGGCCUUCCUGGAUGCUAAGGAAAGGAGCCACCCCAAGAACUUUCUCGAACCUCCUCCUGAGAAUCAACACGUCAGCAUACCACACUGUGGUUGGUAUAUUUCGAACCCGGACUCCUUUUGUUCCUCUGGGAGCAGUAACUUCCCCUACGCUGGCGGUCUGCCUCUGACUCCGCAUCAUGGCUACAAACACUACUCCGGUCUGCAUGGACAUCGCGCCACUCCGUACCCACCUCCAUAUCUGCACCACCAUCACCACCACCGCGGACACAAUUCCGUGUCUCUGUCUGAAGGUCUGAGUCCAGGUGCUCUGCAGGUGUUCCCGGGCCAUGAGACCUGGACGGGUGUUUCUCCUCCUGGUCCUGCUGCGGUGCUGUCAGUGCCAUCUGGUACAAACUCACCUGGAGUCAGCAGUCAGUACCCCUGCCUGUGGACGGUGAGUGGCUGUGGUGUGUCCUCCACUCCUCCAGGAGGCGUUGUGAGCUCCGCCCAGUGUCAGGAGGAGCGGCCUGAUGCAGAUUCCGCCUCCGCUUCGCCAUGCUCACUUCUGCAAGGCCAAGGACCCACGAGUGCGGAGGUUGUGUCAGAGCAAGCCACUCAUAGGGUGGGAGGGGCUAGCUGGUCAGCAGGCUCCACCCAUUCCUUUUAAACAGGCCUAAUGGAAAACUUGGUGCAACCCAGCCCAAGUACAUGUGGUCGAUCACAUGACCUAACUGCCCAAUUAUUGUGUGUAUUUGAAGAAUAUUCUUUAAUCAGUCAUUUCCUGUACAAUUCUGUUUUUCUCAGCUCAAGAGCUCAUCUUAUC